AUGGAAGCUAGAAGACAACAGCGGGGACCUCCGCGUGGACAAGCCCAAAAUCAAAAGGAAGAGAGUGGGUCUGUGGCUAACCAAAACACUGAGCCAAGGGCUGGGGCAAAUGAUCAAGUGGCAUUGGCUAUAAAUCAUAUGACGGACUUGUUAGAACGUUUAGUACCCCAACAGGGCCAAGGGGCUGGACAAGUGAAUCAACAAAGAGACCAAGAGAUCGGAGAGGAUAAAGCAUUGGAGAGAUUUCAAAAGUUUUCUCCAUCUAAGUUUUCUGGGAGUCCUGGCCCUGAAAUAGCAGAAAAUUGGUUAGAAAACAUGAUAAAUAUCUUUGUUGCUCUAAAAUAUAUAGAGGAAAGGCAGGUGACAUUUGUUGUAUUUCAGUUUGAGGAAGCAGCCCGAUCAUGGUGGAAUGUCGUAAGGACUAAGUGGGAGAGGGAACAAGUACCCUGGACCUGGCUAAAUUUUACUCGAGAAUUUAAUGAGAAAUAUAUUCCCCCUUUUGUUCAAGAAAGAAGAGAGGACGAGUUUAUAAGGCUCCGUCAGGGAUCAAGGAGUGUUGCUGAGUAUGAGUAUCAGUUUACAAAAUUAUCCAAAUUUACUCCAGAGUUGGUUGCUACUGAGCAAAAGAGAAAAAGGCGGUUCAUUCAGGGCUUAAAUCUAGAAAUUCAAGAAUCUUUGGCAGCGCUCAAAUUCCUACAUUCAAUGACGCCCUUGAAAAAGCUCAAAGGGUUGAAAGUACAAAAUCCCAAUUGCGAGCUUUUCAAACAUGGAAAAGGGAUGCAUCUAGCAGUCGUAACCUGGAAAUACCUAGAGAAGAUGUACCACCUUCCAAAGUUGGGAGAAGAGCUGGAGAAGUACAACUUUCACUUCCAUCCCCACCCACGGCGGGGAAACCAGUAG